AUUCUGGGAAAAUUACAAUGGAAACACAACCGGAGUUGAGGUUCAUGACAAGAGUAUCAUCAUUAUCAUCAUCAUCAAGGCUUUAUCUUAAGCUUGGUUUGGUUGAUCAGAACCAUCAAGCUCCAUCCGGUGUAGGAAACCCUAGGAUAAUAUCUAUAAUCUCAUCGGUUCUUGAAAGAUCGGUUAGGGAAUCAACUGAGAGAGAUGUUACGACGCCUUUUCACAGCAGCAAGCCUCCCGGUCUUGGGAUUAGACAAUAUUUAGAGCGAAUAUACAAGUAUUCGUGUUGUAGCCCUUCGUGUCUUGUGGUUGCUUGUGUGUACAUGGAUAGGUUUCUUAAACAAAAGGGUCUUCGUUUCACUUUCCUCAAUAUUCAUAGGCUUCUCAUCACGAGCAUCAUGUUGGCAGCCAAGUUUCUCGAUGACGAGCAAUAUGACAAUGCACACUUUGGAAAAGUGGGAGGAGUGAGCACCGAAGAGAUGAACAAGUUGGAAAAAGAGUUCUUGUCAGCAUUGAACUUCAGAUUACAUGUAACUGUUUCCACUUUCGACGAGUAUUGUCUUUGGCUCGAUAAAGAAGGGUCGACGGCUAGUGGCCAAAUGGAGCAGCCAAGUCCACCUUGUAAACAAGUUGGCUACUUCUCUAGGUUAAGUUAUCAAGCAAAGAAGGAUGCAUCUCAUGUCAUUGUAGGCUAUAUGUGUAAAGCUGUUUAAUUAAACAUUAGAUCAAUCAAUAAUAGGAACAGUAAUUGUAGUUCAACAAGGCUAGAACCAAACCAAAUCAAAUGGAAUUAGAUGUACAAAUCAUGAUUUGGGUU